AAGUCACCUUUGCAACGACUUUCGAAUCACUUCCUCCGACAAGUGAAAGUUUCCUCUCAUCAUGCCGUAUCAGUGUUUAGAAAAGUGCGGCGAAUAUCUUGUAGCCGCGAGAGAUUCCAACAUUGACCUAUUCCACCUCAGCAAUGGCGAAUAUAUUUCGACGUGGAGUUGUCCAUUGCCGCAGGUACCCUCAAAAGGAAAGACAAAUGGCGGUGAAAUCACCAAGAAGCAAGAGAUCAAAGAAGCUCCCCUAGAAGGCGAAGUCGAUGCUUCAGCGCCCCCAGCAAAACGGAGGAAAGUUGAUACCGAGGACGAAAAGAAAUCCGAGGAAAAGGUGGAGGAGAAAUCAGAACCCAAAGUUGAGCCAAAAGUCAAUGAUAAUGGGGGAAAGAAACAGCAAAAGAAGCAAAGGCCGAAUCACAGAACCGAUUCGAUCGCAAAUGCUCAGGAACCUCCAUCAGUCAUUGCUCUUGCUGUAGCCAAGAAUGCCCAACAUGUAGUAGCAAUCACAGGAGAAGAUAAAUGUAUUCGGGUAUUUGAAAUCGUUGUGAAAGAAGGAAACCCAAUCCUCAAUCAUCUCAGUCAGCGGUAUGAUCUCAGUAUUGUGUUGAAAGAAACCCUAGAGUCUAACGAAUUCAUAGCGUGAUGCCGAAACGACCAUCCGCAGUGGCCAUCAGCUCAGACUCUGCAACAAUAAUCAGCGCCGAUAAAUUUGGAGAUGUCUAUUCCCUCCCCCUCAUUCCAUCAGCAAUACCCAAACCUCAAGCUACUCCAGAACAAACUUCCAGAGAGUCAUCCUCACUCCCAGAACGAACCUUCAAGCCAGCCGCCAAUGAGUUGACUAUUCACUCUCAACGCAAUCGCAAAGCACUUGAAAACCAAAAACGGCAAACCAAUACAGCACCUGAGAAGACUGAGCCUGAUUUCGAGCACACUCUCUUACUUGGUCACGUUUCUUUACUGACAGAACUAAAGCUUGCAACCUCGGAUGGGCGGGAUUACAUUAUCACAGCCGAUAGAGAUGAGCAUAUCCGUGUUAACCGCGGUAUCCCAUAUACCCAUAUUAUUGAAGGGUUCUGCUUUGGACACAAAGACUUCAUCAGUCGUCUUUGCAUUCCGGAGUCGCGUCCAGAACUUCUCAUCUCUGGUGGUGGAGAAUCCGAUGUUCUAGUAUUUGACUGGGUAAAGGGAUCCUUACUGAGUCAAGUUGAGCCUCUGCUUCAUAUCAAUGAUGCCUUGAAAGAUUUCGAUUUGAAGGAGAGAAAAACAACUGUUUCGGGUAUUUACCAUACCAGACAAUCGUCUAAAGAUAUUAUCAUUUUCACCUAUGAAGCGUAUGUCAUGUCCUUUCCCUAAUACUACUUUCCCACUAAUCCAAAUGCAGUAUUCCAGCACUUUUCGUAUUCGCCACCUCGGAAGAAAACAAGCUCACCCACGCUCAAACACUUCCUUUAAUUGGCAACCCUCUUUCUCUCGUAUUCUUCCCCUCAACAGAAACCGACACGGCGAGCUCGGUCAUAGUCUCUAUUGAUUACAUCAACAAACCAGGUACCACAGCAGAGCCUAGAGAGAAGGAUGACCAGUUCAUCAACCCGCUACAACACCUGAUCCUCUCUGAUGGAGUAUUGACCCUUGGUGACGAGCUUCCUAGCAGAUCAGAGGCGCCAAAGGACGAGAAGCAUAAUAUUUCAAAGCUAAAGAAUUUAUUAUAUGGGCUCGAGAACUUGAGAAAGAGGGCUGGAGAAGAAAGAGGUGAUGGUGGAGAUGGCGAUGACGCUUAAGCUUCUCGAAAAUAUAAAUUCAUU